AUGGCCACAUCAAAAUUAAAUAAGGAACUAUACAAAAAUAUUACUCUACUAAAAUUAUUAAAUGCAACUACUUCAAAUCCUAAGUUUAUACUUGAUCAAUCACCAUUUAAUGAAGAUGGUGAUGAACAAAAUACAGCUUCUUCUGCAGAUCCAAAAGAAAUUUUGAUUAUUGGACGAAUUUUCCCUGAUUCAGACAUAUUUAAAGAAGGUGCAUUUCAAAUUGAAAUGAAAUUACCACCUAAUUUUCCAUUUGACCCACCAGAAGUACGUUUUCUUACUCCAAUUUAUCAUCCAAAUGUUGGUAAAGAUGGGAAAUUUUGCAAUGAGUUGUUAAAAAAAGAAGCUAAAUGGACUAAUACAACACCUUUAGUGGAAGUUGUUAAAGCUGUUGUACAAAAUAUCGAUCAUCCUAAUAUUGAUUAUUCAUUUAGUUUUGAACUUGGUCGUGAAUAUACGGAAAAUUAUCCUGAAUUUAAUCGGAAAGCAUUAGAAUUUGUUAGAAAACAUGCUUUAUCACGCAAUUGA